AUGAAGAUGAUCCUUGAAAGGAGUGAGACUCCUAUUACCUGGGAGAUGUUUAGGGUCAAAUUCUACACUGAGUACUUCCCAGACAGUGUCAGAUUUGCAAAGGAAGUACAAUUCCUAGAGCUGGUACAGGGCAACAAAUCAGUGUUAGAGUAUGCAAAUCGCUUCAAACAUUUGCUUCGCUUCAACACCAUGGCAGUGGAUGAAGAGUGGCAAUGCAGAAAGGGUUCUUCCUAUCAGUCAUCGGGGCAACCCAGUUUUGCUAGACCCGUGAGAGAUUGUCCUACGACCAGGAGGGCAGGGCCACAGACACAACAGGCUGGGAGAGCUAUUCAGAGGGGUGGUAUCCGUCCACGAGCAAUAGGGAGAGUCUACGCAUUGACCGGAGCUGAGGCAGCCAGUGUAGAUAACCUUAUUGUCAGCAGUUGCUUAUUAUUUGGAGCCUCUUGUGUGGCAUUAUUUGAUUCGGGGGCAACACAUUCAUUUGUGUUGGAGGCUUAUGUGGAGAGGUUGGGCUUAGUAGUCAAAGAGCUUCAGUGUGAUCUGGUGGUGUCUACACCAGCAGCGGGGUUAGUCAGGACAUCUAAUGUGUGCUCUAGAUGUCCUAUUGAGAAGAAUUACCCCACUCAUGACUUGGAGUUGGCCGCUGUGGUUUUCGCUUUGAAGAUUUGGAGGCACUACUUGUAUGGUGCACAAUUUCAAGUUUAUAGUGAUCAUAAGAGUUUGAAAUACCUCUUUGAUCAGAAAGAGCUGAAUAUGAGGCAAAGGAGAUGGAUGAAGUUCCUUAAGGAUUAUGAUUCUGAUCUAUUGUACCAUCCUGGGAAAUCUAAUGUGGUAGCUAAUGCGUUGAGCAGAAAGACAAUGCACAUGUCUUCAUUAAUGAUUAGAGAGUUGGAGUUAGUUGAGGGGUUUAGAGAUUUGAAGUUAUAG